UUUCGCUUGACCAAGUGCCAGCUUCUAUUAACCAAAAGCAAAAUGUUCAAGAUUGCUGUUGUCUCAGUGCUGCUGGUGGUGGUAGUGUCCGCUCAAUGGUAUGGAGAUGGUGGUGCCGGCGAAGGACUCGGGAGUUAUGGUAAAAGUGGACACCACGAAGAGCACAAGGACCACCAUGCAUAUCCCAAGUACAAGUACGAGUACGGCGUCAAAGAUCACCACACCGGAGACCACAAAAGCCAGUGGGAAAUCCGCGAUGGGGAUGUUGUCAAGGGCGGUUACACUCUGCAUGAAGCUGACGGCACUGAGCGUGUGGUUGAGUACUCAUCCGAUAAACACAAUGGUUUCCAGGCUCACGUGAAGAGUGUGGGCCACGCCCAUCACCCACAGGUCCACGGACACCACGGUGUAUGAUGAAUGCAAGAGACUCAAUAGACUGUGAUAUUAUCGAUUAAUGUGUGAUUGCAAAUGUGUACCAUGCAUGUUGGGUGCUUUUGUUUUUAUUUGUAAGAGCUAGGUGUAAUGACUAUUGGAAAUUUGAGUACUAAUUAAACAAAACCAAAAUCAAAGAAAUAA